AUGCUUGAAAAUUAGGAAGUGGGAGGGGCUGAAUGCUGCAAGACCACGAGGUUGAAGAUGGCUGUCCAAUGGUCCUCUGAGCAUGAGAAGCAGGAUGCCUUGUUGCUGCUGUGUCGAGACCUCAUAUCCUGUGUCAACAAGAUCAUGGACCCCUUGUCCAUUCAGGCAGAGAGAGCAGAGUGUAGUCAGAAAGUGGAGCAGUUCAAAGAUGAGAGUCCGUACUGUUUGACGUGUGGCUUCAUUCUGUCUGAGGAGCACGUCCCUGUCAUCAAGCACUUUGGAUUGCAACUCAUGGAGCAUUUUGUUAAGUAUCGAUGGAGAAGCUUGAGUCUUGAUGAAGGCAGAGAGUUCCAACUGAACCUGCUUCAGUUCCUCUCAAAUAAACUCCUUCCUUAUGAUCAAGAGCCCACUUUCGUUAAGGAGGCUCUGGCUAGGGUCACCGUGGAAACAGCCAAAAAGAUGUGGCCGCAGAGAUGGGACUCGUUUAUCACUGACUUGGGGACUGUCUCCAAGUGCGGGUCCACCCAGGUGGAGCUGGUGUUGCUGAUAUUCCGUCGUCUGGCUGAGGACAUCCACGGGUACGAGUCUGGCAUGACCUCAGGGCGUAAGAGGGAGAUGGCAGCUGCCCUCAACCAGCAGUCUCAGACAGUCUUCACUUUUCUCAUUAGCAACUUAGAGUCUCCUCUGUCGGAGCCCCUUCGUCGAACUGCCCUGAGCACGAUAGUCAGCUUUGUGGAGUGGGUGGAGUUUCCCACCCUCCUGAUGGAGGACGCCAAGCUUAUUAAGCUCCUCUACAACCUCAUAGGGGUGGAGGAACUUAAGACGGUCGCCUGUGAGUGUCUACUGCCUAUCCUCUCCAGAAAAGGUGAUGUUCGCAAGACAGAGGGAGACAGGACCACAAUUCUCUCAUUGCUUCUCUCCACUGAAGCUCUCAAUGGAAUCAUGGCUGCUUCAAUACUGGCCAACUCGCAAGGUGUGGUGGAGGAGCAAUACGUGUUCCUGAAGAGGGUGUGUCAAGUCCUGGUCCACUUGGGCACCUCUCAGCUGGCACUGCUCUGGACAUACUCUCUGACAUUCAAGCCUCCGGAGGCUCUGGAACUGUACCUCCAGGUUGUGGCUGAGUUCACUAAACACAACAGCCAGCUGCUGAGUCUGACAUCAGCUGAUGUGUGGAUCACGUUCCUCUCCCACAAUCACCUGAAGGACCACCCAGUGUUCAAGGACCAUCUCACACACCUCCUCACAAUAGCCAGACAGAAACUGCUCAAGGUGGGUGACCCUGAUGUGUACGACCAUGUCAGUUCAGAGUAUUCCCGUCUGGACUUUGAUGGGGCGGAUAACUUUAUGCUCUUCUUUGCGACAUUUCGUGGUAAGAUGGUAAAGAUACUUAGUCAAGUGUCUCUUCUGGUUCCAAGAACAGCUGCUGUAGAAGCUCUCACCGUCACUGAGCAGAUGGUCCAGAAGAAACUUGAACCUGGGCAAGGAAGUGGGAGGGGCUGAAUGCUGCAAGACCACGAGGUUGAAGAUGGCUGUCCAAUGGUCCUCUGAGCAUGAGAAGCAGGAUGCCUUGUUGCUGCUGUGUCGAGACCUCAUAUCCUGUGUCAACAAGAUCAUGGACCCCUCGUCCAUUCAGGCAGAGAGAGCAGAGUGUAGUCAG